GGGUGCUUAUUAAUGACUGAGCAAAACAAAAAUAAUUUAUUUCCUCCAAGCUCCACAUCAGGCAAUUCGGGCAGCUUAAUUAAUUCCCAAUCAUCACCAACAACAGAAAGCCUUUCUUUUCUAUUAAAUGAAUUUUUAAAUAAAAAUAAUAAUAAUUUGGAGACUACAGAAUUAACUGUACAUCCUGUAGAGGCUUUGUGUUUUACUUGCAAAAUGUUAGCAAUUUUGAUUUAUUCUGCUUUAAGUAUUGUUGCCUUUGUUGGGAAUGCUUUAAUUUUGGCUGUAUUUCUUCGUUUCAAAAGACUCAGAACCCCAACAAAUAUGUUAAUUGCUAAUUUGGCACUUGGAGAUUUAAUGAUUAGUAUUUUCUGUAUUCCUUUAAGUUAUUGGCAUGUUUUGGUUUUUGAAGAUCAGAGAUGGAUUUUUGGGGCUUUUUUGUGUAAAACAUUUAAUUAUUUACAGGCGACAGCAGUAUUUGUAUCCUCAUGGACUUUAGUUGCAAUUUCUUUCGAUCGUUUUAUGGCAAUCCAAUUUUCAAUGUCCCCAUGGCUCAAAAUGAAUAGAAAAAGGGCUUUAUAUGCAACUUUGAUUACUUGGGGAUUUUCUUUAAUUAUGGCAUUGCCUUUACUUGUUGUUAAUCAGUUAGAAAGUUCAUCAGAAGGUGUUGAUACUUGCCUUGAAAAAUGGAAUGAUUUUUUUUCUGAUUCUUUUGUUUCUCUAUAUACUUCCUCACUUUUUGCUUUACAAUAUUGUUUACCUCUUUCUGUUUUGUUAAUUACAUAUACAGCUAUUGGAUGUAAAAUGUGGAAUAGUAAAGUACCUGGAAAUGAUUGCCAAAUAUUACCUUCAUCACAAGAAACAACAACAUUAUUUAAUUCUCUUUUAAAUACAAAAUCAGCAAGAGGUUCAACAAUUAGUGCAGCCAAUUUUAACAUUUGUCCACAAAAACAAUUAUUAAAGAAAAGCCCUUCUUCUCAAAUUGUUGGAAAUAAUUCUAAUAGAAGAAAAAGUUCUCAUACAGUUGUGCAUGCAAAUGUUAGUCAAGAAAGGAAGGAAUCUGUUAAAAAAUUAAUUCCAAUGGUUUUAUUAGUCAGUGCUUUAUAUGCUGUUUGUUGGUUACCACAAAAUUUAUUAAUGAAUAUUUGGGUAACAUAUGAUUCAAGUGCACUCAAUUAUCCAUAUAUUCUUUAUAUUUGGUGGGGCGCCCAUACUUUAGCGAUGUUUCAUUCAAUAGUAAAUCCAUUUGUUUAUUACGCAACAAAUAGAAGAAUCCACGCAGCCUUAAAACAUUUACUUCGUUGGUUACCCUGUUUACAAAAUGCAAGAAAUGUUGCUUUAGCAGAAUUUGAUCAAACUGCUAGGCAAAAAGCUGUAACAAAUUCUUUUAAAUAUCCAAUUGGGGAUUCUAGAAGAUUAACUCUACAUACACAAAAAACUAUAUCUUUAAGCAUGGAUUGA